ACUGCGACUGCAUCCCGACUCCUGGGUUGAAAUCUGAGUUCGACCACGGAGCCUCAUGACUACAUCCACGCAUGAAUGGCUGAUUGCAGAGGAAUGCUCUUGCGGCCAGUGACUACGAAUGGGACUGACUAGUGGCUGCCAUGGCGCAAGAAGAGAGCAUGGUGUCGCCCAAGGCACUGCCGAAGCUACGAACCACCACAGAUCAGCAGGGUGCAUCAGCACGCCCUCGCGCCGAUACUGCUGUGCCUAAUGACCACGAAAAGGCUCACCUGCAUCGACGCCUGCAGUCAACCAGUCUGCGCAAUCGCGCAUUUACGGGUGCGAAGGACUAUCGCCACGCUGCAAAAGAGACAGUCCAGUCGGCUCUGGAGCUGAAGCCGCCCAUUAGCUUUGAUUCCUUGUUACGUCGCGAGAAGAAAGGACACGACUCUGGUCGGCAUGGAUCUAGCAGGCAUAUUUCGCGGAGGCAGCAGGAAACCCAACAGCGGAACGUAGAUGAAUGGGCCAUCCAGCAAGUGGAACUGGCCCGCAGGCCACAGGUCAAGUCAGAAGACGUCGAAAAGGCGAAGAGGGACAAUGUGAAGCGAGAAAAGGGCUUACGCACCAGUCUCAGUGCGGUAGAAGACGUGGCUAUGAGCAGUACCAGGCAGCUGGAUGAUACCUACUAUGCGAUCCUGGAGAGGGCAUCUCUGCUUCGCAAUACAGUCGCCAGUCUGCAGCAGUUGACAGAGGAGAGUCGACGCAUGCACUCGGGAUUCGAGGAAGAGACGAAGCAGCUUGAGCAGAGUACAAUAUCCAGAUUUGAUGCGUUUGCCAACUUUGAUCCGCAGGAAGUCACGAUCAAUUCUCUCGUGGACCAGCUCAAGCACUCCAAGCAAAACGCUGAUGAACUCAACGAUCGACUGGAGGCGGCCCGGCAUCGCGUGGAAGCCUAUGAACAGCGCGAGAAAAAGAAGCAGAAGACUAGCCGCCAACGAUGGAGUGCAGUCUGGGUCACGCUCGCAGGUCUGGCUGUGCUCAUUGUCGCUCUUAUCCUCGCGAAGAGUCGUGCGGGUCAGGUGCAGCAUGCAGCGAGGGUAGUCGAGGUAGUCGAUGAACUUGGUCAUGAGAUGAGUGGGAUGUUAUUACCCAAACCGAAGACUGAGGAUGAUACUCUACGGCAGCUGUUCGACAAUCUGUAACAAUUGCUUGUUGGAAAAGAAGCGUUCUACUCGCUCAAAAGAUCAGAAGCAUCCUCCAGCGCGCAACUGUGCCAGGUGGCCCAGGUCUACUGUAUAUACCUCCUAAGCGUCCAGGCUUCCUGAUUUGCUCGGACUGGAGGCCGAGAGCAUGGAUCCCGUCCACAUCGUCCGAUCGGGUCUCCCCAGUUAUACAGAUUAGAUGCGGAGCUAUCCCCGUUGGGUUAGAUCUCAGAUCUCGUGUGCGGAAGCGCCACGCGCAUGGCAUCGCAUCGUAAUGACAUCAGGCAAACCCUAUGAGGUAGGAGGAGGUAAGGAAGGUACAGGUACAUGACCUAGGUACCUGUACCUCCUACAUGUAGGUAUCUUAG